CAACGUUCAGCAUCCAAAUGUGCAGCGACCAGUUGCCAACCUGCAUCAGCCUGCGGCGGUCAUUCCAACGCAGCCGCCCGCAGUUCAGGUAGCGGCUCCAGCAUUAGCUCAACCUGACCCUGCUGCCCAGCGCCGUCUGGCAGAGCGGGCCGCACUGCAAGCUAGGCUACUCCAACUGGACACGGAGGAGGCCAAUGGCGCCCAACCACCGGCCAAUGCCCCCCCUGUUCCCCCCCCUAGCCUUGUUUGCCGACCCAGCGACAGUCGAACAAGCACGCGCUGCAGCAGCGGCACUCCACAUUGAAUCGAAGAGAAUUUCGUUACCGGAUUUAAUCCCUGGCUUCAAAGCCAAUCCGCUUGAUGCCAUCAUCCCACCGAAAGUAGAGGAAGCCUUGAAGCAAUAUAAAUAUGUACCUUAUGUUGCAAUCACACCAGCCGCUCGUCUUCACGCCUUUCGCAGUAGCGAUGAAGCCUUUUCGUUCAAUAACCAAGGCAACCUAAUCGCUAAGGGUUUGGACCGCAGUAAAGAGCGGGCCAUUAAAUUCCACGAAUGGUUGACAGCCUCGAGAGCUGUAGAGGAGCGCAUCACUGCCCUUCAUGGCGCUAGUAGGGGCGCGGCCUUUGCAUCGCACCAUAAAGUCGUUUCGGAACUUGCCUCAUCGCAUGGCUGGGAAAUCGCCCAGGAGUAUGACAUCACGCAGAGGGAACUGGCAGCGCAGAAUCCUGCUCAUGACCUCACAGGCCUCGACACGAAUGCCCUCACCCUAGUUGCCACACAAGCUGCGGCUCGUAUAUCUUUAGUGGCGCAGCAAAUCGUGCACCCGCCUCCGCUGUCACCACUGAAGCGUGCUGCCCCAUCAGAAUAUUCAGUUGGAGUCUCGCAGACCCCCCGUAAGAAACCACGCCUGCACUGCUUUCGAUGCGGGCACUCAGGACACCUGCCUGGUGACUGCAGUGCCGAAACCACGUCAGCAGGCAAAUCCGUCGCACCAAUUACCGCAACUGCCAAAAGUCGCCACGCUCUCACCGCAGCUAACGGAAAACACUACUGUUUCAAUUGGGCUCGAGCGUCUUCCUGUUCCUUCGGUUCUAACUGCACCAACUUCCAUGGAUGUAGUAUCUGCAACGAGAAUGGGCAUGGAGCAGGCACCUGCAAUCAACAAGCCUGAUCCUCGCAUAGUGGUCACACCUCUGAUCGCAGACCGCGUUGAGGAGCUUCUGUCGAACAGGCCGCCGGCCGUUAUUCCCGGGGUUAUGCACCAAACGAACUCGAAC